GAAGCGAUGCUGGACCCUCUGUGCGUGGAGGUAGCUGCAAAUACCGCAUCGACGGCAGGGCGCUACUUUCUUCGUCUUGUGCAACGCUGGGCGAGAGAAGGGGCUGCUGACGGCCCAAGGGGGACCUCCAUCUGCCUCAUAGCUGCCUAUGACGGCGCUGACUUUCGUGGUUUGCAGAGCGUGGAGUCAGAACUCGCCUUGGCACUGCUCGAAUCAGGUGUGGACAAAAAAUGACACUGUGUGGAUGGGCUCCUCCUUCAUGUAUGUGUUGUCUGUGCGCAGGCCUUAUCGACCAUCGUCAGCACGCCGAUUUAUGGCGCAUUAGCUGGUGCCACGCCGUCCGCACCGACAAGGGGGCCCACGCAGUCUGGCAGCCCAUCUCGUGCAUACUUGAUCUGCACGAGCGGCUCAGGGGCACCACCCUCCAGCCACUGGACAGCCUCCCUCGCGGCAUCUCGCCCCAGCUGUUCUGGGCCGACGGGCAGCAAGACGCAAUGGAAGAUUUGCUGGACGGGCUGACGCAGUCCAUCAACAAGCACUUGCCUUCGUCGGUGAGGGUGCUGGGCAUCGACCGAGUGGGCCGAUCCUUCGACUGCCGCUAUGCGUCAGCCAAGACCUACGAGUACCUGCUGCCGCUGCCCACAGGCGACACGCCCACGUCUGCGGACGAUGCGAGCGCUGCGGCGGCCGUACCUUCUUCCCUCGACUCAAGCGCCGUCACCAGCAGCACGUCACAGGCGUCUACCGGGGUGUCAUCUGUGAUGGAUGUGGACAGGCUGGCGAGUGCGUUGGAUUUGUUUGUCGGCGUUCACGACUUUCGCAACUUCACGACUGGCGGCGGCGGCGGUGCUGGGCAGGGUGCCCAGCUGCGGGAGGUGACGAGCGCGUCCGUCGUCAAAGUUUCUAUCGGCCGGCGGGUCUUCCUGCGCCUCACCAUCUCAGGCACGGCGUUUCUCCGGUACCAAGUGCGCAAGAUGGUGUCGCUGGCCGUUGCGGUGGGGGCGGGCUGCCUCCCCCUCGAGGCCAUCACCCUCGCCCUCCGCCCCUCAGUCGCCACACAUCUCGACAUUCCAUGCGCCCCUGCGUGUGGACUCAUACUCGCCCACGUCGACUACUCUGGAAGUCGACGCUCGUCUACGGCAUCGUCCUGCCCGCCCUUGGACUUCGAGAAACGGUCCCUCACGUCGGCGCAUUUUCUCGACUUCAAGAGGCGUCUCUACGCGUCGAUCGCCGAGCGUUCAUCGCCCGAGCUCUCACGGUGGCUGGCGAGCCUCAUCUCCGCCCCAUCUUCCCCCUCCCUCCCCCCGCCCCUCUCGCCGUCCGGCCGUCUCCCCCCAAAGGAUGGCGCCCUGCGGCUGAUGCUUCAGAGACGAUUCGUGCUUGAGAGCGGAAGCGACAGCCCACGGUCGGCCCGCGACGACCUCCUGUUGGCGCGUGACUCGAGCGCGCAGCAGGGGGGAGGGGAGGAGGAUGACGCCGUCCCAUCCCCGGCAACCAGAUCGCCCCCUCGAGCAGCGAGGAGGAGGACGGUCGAGUCGAUGGCGAGCGAUUCCCCGCCCGACCGGCGGCCGUCGAGCCGUCUGUCGAUUGAUGUGAUUCGGCUGCCCGACGACGCGACGUCCAGCCGGCAGGUCGAUGCGACAGGCCUGCACGCCAUCCAGGCGCCCGAGGUGUUCUCGCUCGACUCGUCUGUGCAGCCGCACUCGCCCAGCACGUAUGGGUCCAUGAAGACCGAGGAAUUCAACAUUGCCACACCCAGCAACACACCGCCCCCCUCCCCGCUGCUCGGGAAGCAGGCCGAUCGGCCACCGCCGGAGGAGACCUUCAGAGGCUGGCCUGCGGUCCGUGAGCAAGACUACACAGCACACUAGGGGCUGGUGCGCCGUUUCAUGCUUGUCUCCCUCCUUGUGGUGAUGGUGCGUGCAGGUGUUGGUUCAUGCGGAGAGUGUAGUGAGAUAUCUGCGACAAGAGGACGGCAGAUAGACAUGUGGGACGGUGUGGGGUGGUAUGGGGACAUUUUUCCCUUCGCUGCUUUGACCGACCUUUGACCGGCCUGCCUUUGUACAGACAGCGGGGUGUCUUGUGUGUGUGUGUCUGCCGGAAGGCACGAUGCGAUUGCCAUGCCAUCGGCGGUCCGGGUAAAUGCACGGCCUUAUGCAUGUGUGACUUCGCACUCUCAGACCUUCAUCUUUCAUUGAAGUUCUCUCU